GGUUUGCCAACCAACUCCUAAUAAUCCUUUCUACGGAAGUUUACCAACAUGGCGGACUCAACGGGUAAAACAAUAUCGAAAAAUUUUAACAUAACCUACGUAGGACAAUAACUGAUGUGCUCUCACCAUCCACGUUGUUUCAUGGACAAUUGCCUGCGUUUAUAUAGAUUUCUUCAAAUGUAAAAUAAAAAAUUCUUAUAAAAAUAUGAUUAUAACUAAUUAUAAAUAAUUUAAGUACAUUACUAGCUGACGUAAUAAAAACAUUAUUCUUGAUUAACUAUGCUGCGUAACAUAACCAAAACUGUUGUUGAUGUGGUACAGCCAAUACUCUUAAAAUCAACAAAAUUGCAUCAGAUAAAUGCAGGUCGUUUUUACGUGAAUGAACAAAAAAGGCAAUUAAAGGCGCUACAGAAAUUAAAAGAACAAGCAGAAAAAAAACGAAAUGCAAAUACUGUAGCAGCAACAGAAGGCAAACCUAAAGUUUUGGAAAAUGAUAUUAAGGAAGAAGAAAUUAGCCCACACGAGUACGUUAGACUUAGAGUCAAUGCAAUUAACCAACUUAAAAGUAAUAACGAUGAUCCAUAUCCACACAAAUUUCAUGUAUCAGUAUCACUGGAAACUUUUGUUGAAAAGUUUAGCGAUAACAUAAAGGAAGGAGAAAUAAUAGAAAGUGAAAUACAUAGCAUUGCUGGUCGCGUACAUGCAAUUAGAGAAGCUGGUGCUAAACUUAUUUUCUUUGACCUUAGAGGAGAAGGUGUUAAAGUACAAGUCAUGGCUAAUGCAAAGCAUUAUGCUGAUCGAGACAAAUUUGUAACUGAUAUUUCUAAAAUUAGAAGAGGUGAUAUCAUUGGUAUAAUUGGCAAUCCUGGAAAAACCAAAAAAGGUGAACUUUCCAUAGUGCCAUACACUAUUACACUUUUAAGUCCUUGCCUACACAUGUUACCAAACCUUUACUUUGGAUUGAAAGAUAAGGAGACAAGGUUUCGACAGCGAUAUUUAGAUCUGAUAUUAAAUGAUAAAGUAAGGAAAACAUUCCUUGUGCGAGCAAAAAUUGUUGCAUAUAUUCGUAAAUUUCUUGACGAGCUUGGAUUUUUGGAAGUUGAAACACCAAUGAUGAAUAUGAUUGCUGGUGGAGCUACAGCUAAACCAUUUGUUACACAUCACAAUGAAUUAAAUAUGGAUUUAUAUAUGCGCAUUGCUCCAGAACUAUAUCUUAAGAUGUUAGUUGUUGGUGGAUUGGAUAGAGUGUAUGAAAUUGGAAGACAAUUCAGAAAUGAAGGAAUAGAUUUAACACAUAAUCCAGAAUUUACUACUUGUGAAUUUUAUAUGGCAUAUGCAGAUUAUAAUGAUCUAAUGUCCAUUACAGAAGAUAUGAUAUCUGGGAUAGUAAAAACCAUACAUGGCAGUUAUAAAAUAACAUACCAUCCAGAUGGACGAGAGGGAGAAUCAGUGGAAAUCGAUUUUACUCCACCUUUUAAGCGUAUUUCUAUGAUUAAGACUCUGGAAAAUGCUUUAAAGGUUAAGUUACCUCCUGCAGAAGAAUUGAAUACUCCAGAAGCAAAUCAGAUGCUUAGUGAACUUUGUAACAAACAUGAAAUUGAAUGUCCUGCACCUAGGACAACUGCUAGAUUGUUAGAUAAACUCGUUGGUGAAUUAAUAGAGGAAACUUGUAUCAACCCCACAUUCAUCUUAGAUCAUCCUCAAAUCAUGUCUCCUCUAGCCAAGUGGCAUCGUUCCGAGAAGGGUCUUACAGAACGAUUUGAAUUGUUUAUUAUGAAGAAAGAAAUCUGUAAUGCGUAUACAGAAUUAAAUGACCCUAUAGUGCAAAGAGAAAGAUUUGAACAACAAGCCAAAGAUAAAGCAGCUGGAGAUGAUGAAGCACAAUUAGUUGAUGAAAACUUUUGUACUGCCUUAGAAUAUGGUUUGCCACCAACUGCUGGUUGGGGAAUAGGCAUUGACCGAUUAACUAUGUUCUUGACGGAUUCUAAUAAUAUCAAGGAAGUAUUGCUAUUUCCACAAAUGAAACCAGAUGACCCAAAUAAGAAUAAAGGUAUUCCUGAAGAUGAUAAAACAAAUGAAAAUAACAAAAGUAACAUAGACAAAUAAAACAAGAUCUUAUACUUGUGGUCUAAAUUUAUGUAUGUCUUUUACUAAUGAAUAU